AUGACCACCUCCAACAAACCUCACCAAGAAGACCAUCUAGACAUGAAUCCGGGAUAUCACGAAUGUGAGUUAUUAUAUUUAGCCAUGUAUGUGUCCAUUUUAUCUAUCCUCCAGGCCCAAGUUGUUCUAAAGGUGAAUAACGCUAUCCACUAGAUAAAUCUCUGUCCUUUAAACAACGCAAUUGGUUUCCAUAAUACUUACCCAGUGGAUAGUGAUUUAUCCGGUGGAUAGCUCCGUCCAACGUUAGGACAACCGGCGCCAGACGUUUUUUCAUUCUUUCUGUUCUUUUUGGGGAGCAUUUGACAAGCGCGCAAGAACGAAUGGGGGGUGCGAGCGUCUAUUUUCUCUUUUACCCACCCCCACCUCCAUGCGCUAACGGUGGCGUGUUUCACAGAAAAAAAAAUAGCUGUAGAGUGAAACCUCGAUUUAGGGAACCCUCAUGUAACGAAACCCUCGGUAUAUAACGCACGACAUUCUUACCUCGGCCUAUUUAUUUAUGAUGCGUCAGUGGAAGUGCCGGCCCCCUGACCCAUGGGACAUCGGGGAGAUUAAACGCGGUCAAAGCCUGGAUCGAAGGCGUUGUAAAAAAUAACACUCUGGCCUUGAGUGGUGAUUUUAUUUUAACAGCACACAUGCACGUUUGUCACCGGAAGUGGGAAAGGACUAAAGCCAAGAACUCAGGGAUUAGGAAACACAAUUAGGACAGUCAAUUCCAAGACAAAAACGCACAUUGAGUUGCAUUCUAUUUGGCUCUAAAUUUCUGACGCUGCGCAUAUGGGGCUUUUAACACACUAGCUUUCCCUAGGGGCUGGGAAAUUAGCGGUAUUUUAAUACCGUGUCAAUGUUAAAUUCUUCGCUAUUUCCCGGGGAUGAGAAGCCCGGUUCUUCAAUUUCAAGAUACAUCAUAGUAAAUUGUAUGGGAGCCUGAUAACUUACCCCCGUCAUAAUGAAUGAUUUUUCCUGUCCCUUGACAAUUAUAGUGUUACAUGCUGGUUUUAUUGUACUUACCAUAAAUUGUUUCCAUUGCGUCUUCUACCCGUACACUGUGCUUACUUUAAUUGCUCUCUCUGUUUCAGCUUCAGUAUAUUCUCUCAUCAUCGAAAUUGACGGAACUUUAAAGGCCUCGAAUACUGUAAUUCCGGCAGCUGAAUCUGAAGACAGUCCUAGAAAAAGGUGUGGAAUUCACUUAUGUAUUGGUUUGCAGAUUAAAGAGAAGAUGGUACGACCAGUUACGGACAAAACAGCUAUGGACAGAGUAAAAAAAAAGAAUAAAGGGAACUUGGUGAAAAUGCUUGAAGAGUUAAGAAACUCCUUUACCAAUUACGGAGUUAGCAGAGUAUGA